CUCUCCCCUGAAAUAGAUCCAGCUGGGUUUGUCUGGCAUCAUCGGCAUCCUCCACCAAUUUCGCCAAAAUAAACGGACAACAUCGACCGUUAACCGGAGGAUCUACCGCCGUGUCCCCUUGUUGGCUCUUUCCUCCCAAACAGCCUUCAAAUAUAAAUAUUUUUUAUUCUUAUUUCGCUCUUGUUAGUUUUUCUCCACCGAAGUGAUGUCUGUCGCGGGGUUGAAAAAGCAGUUCCAUAAAGCCACUCAGAAGGUCAGUGAGAAGGUCGGGGGGGCAGAAGGCACGAAGCUCGAUGAAGACUUCAAGGAGAUGGAAAAAAGUGUGUUUCCUGCAGAAGGUGGACGUCACCAGCAGAGCCGUGUUGGACAUCAUGACCAAAACCACUGAGUACCUCCAACCGAACCCAGCGUCCAGAGCCAAGCUGAGUAUGAUCAACACCAUGUCCAAGAUCCGCGGGCAGGACAAGGGUCCCGGGUACCCGCAGGCCGAGAGCGUCCUGGGAGACGCCAUGUUGAGGUUCGGACGGGAGUUAGGGGACGAGUCCAGCUUCGGUUUGGCGCUGAUCGAUGCCAGCGAGUCGAUGAAGGAGCUCGGGGAGGUGAAGGACGCUCUGGAUAUGGAGGUCAAACAGAACUUCAUCGACCCGCUGCAGAACCUGCACGACAAAGACCUCAAAGAGAUUCAGCACCAUCUGAAGAAGAUGGAGGGACGCCGUCUGGACUUCGACUACAAGAAGAAGCGGCAGGGGAAAGUGCAGGACGAGGAAAUCAAACAGGCGCUGGAGAAGUUCGACGAGAGCAAAGAGAUCGCAGAGCAGAGCAUGUUCAACCUGCUGGAGAGCGACAUAGAGCAGGUGAGCCAGCUGGCAGCGUUGGUUCAGGCUCAGUUGGAGUACCACAGCCGCUCUGCCGAAAUCCUCCAACAGCUCUCCAGUAAGAUGGAGGACAGGAUUAAAGAAGUGUCCACUAAACCGAGGAAGGAGUACACUCCUAAGCCCCGAAUGACCCUGGAGCUGCUGCCCCCCAGCGAGAGCCUCAACGGGGGGAUACACUCGGCCAAAUCGCCCGGAAGAUCACCAGCCCCCCUGGACCAGCCCUGUUGCCGAGCGCUCUACGACUUCGAACCGGAGAACGAAGGCGAGCUGGGCUUCAAAGAGGGCGACGUCAUCACCCUGACCAAUCAGAUCGACGACAACUGGUACGAGGGCAUGAUCAACGGCCAGUCGGGCUUCUUCCCCAUCAACUACGUGGAUAUCCUGGUGCCGCUCCCUCAUUAGGUCCCGACGGCGACCCGACCCUUAACCCCCGCUUGACCAAACCCCCGGAAAAACAGCCUGUAUUUGCAUAAACAACAAACCACUUCUACUUCUUCUUCUGUGCUUCUGUACCAUUCUGCUUUCACAAAACGGACUGAGGUGUGUGGACGCGAGGAGAGGAGGACUUCAGCGUGAGAGCUGCAGAAGAGAAGUAGAAGAGAAGGACUGAAAGGGACGAGAAGCGUUCGCUCGGCAGCGCUCAGCCGGGCUGCACCUGAUACCAAGGAGGCUUUGGAGACUCGAGGCACGCUCUAUAUGUACGUGCAUGUUUGUGUCUGUGAGUUUCAACCUGUUCUUACUCUAUUAUGACCGAGCCAGCACAAAGUCCGACUCAACUGCCUGACAGCUGUUUCUGUGAUGCUGUCUUCUUCGUCUUCUUCUUCUUGCUGUUUUUCUCUCAGAGUUCUUCUGUCUUUUCUACCUUGACUUGCCUUCCUGUGCUUUUCUGCAGCUCUAGAUUUCUCAGCGACUGUCACAGUCUUCCCCACUUUCUGUCUUUCUUAUUCCCUUCCUGGGCUCGCACUGCCUUUCAGCAUGGCUCCAUAUCCAGGCCUGCGGUGUCAGCAGACCCUUCUGCUUCUGUUUGAGAACAUCUCUUGUAACAAACUCUGCCUUUCUCAGAGUCUGCGUAGAGUCUCGGCUCAAUGGCUGUUUGCAUGAACCGGCCAGUGAUAAGACGUCCUUGGAUUCCUUUGGAAUAAAGCCGUAUCUGCAAUAAGUAUGUUUUUACAGAUUGAGGAAGAGAACACUUCCAGGUUUGUGGGUCAGGAAUCUCAUUCAACACGUCGAUAAACACGUCAGCUCACGAGAUGAGAAGGAAAACAUUGCGAUUACAGACGAGCAGCGCGGGCCGGGUGCAUUGAACAGACACGUUAUGUGUUAUUGCAUCGAGGAAAAGAUGCUCGUUUUUCUCUGUAUACUAUUCUGAGUUACCCACACAGUGUUUUGCGUGUACUGUGUCGAGGCGAUGCUUGUUAACUUGUCUUCUUUGUGGCUUCUGCAUGCAGGACCGUGAACACUGGGAGCCGUUCUAAACUUCCAGUUUUAGGUAAUUUAGGAACGCUGAGCUCAGCGCGUCUUAAGGCAACGGGAUAUCCGACAUUAUUUGUCCUUAACUCCACAGAAAAAGUGUUGACAAAAUUCCGGAACCUUCAGAACGUUCUUGUCUUCGGGUCCUUUCACACCUUCGGGUCCUUUCACACCUUCGGGUACUUUCCCACCUUCCUCGUUUGGCGCACGGAAUCCUGGUGACGCUCUGAAACGAUACGCUGAAGGAACUCUUGACCUUUAGAGAACCUGCUGACGUGCGGGAGCUAUACGAUUGUUUCUGGACCUCAUAAACUUCCUGGAUCCAUACAUUGAAGAAUUAACAGCGCAGAACCUUCGGAUGUCCUCGUAGCGCAUAAAAUCAGAUUUUGAUGUUUUGAACAGUUCCUGUUUGGUGAGCGCGCGUGUUGGUGGUGACUGUUCACGUCACAUACACGUGUUCUUUAUAAGCAGGAUUAAAGAGUCUGCUCUGACAGAGACCUUAAGAAAAAGGUUAUUUAUUGUUAAAAAAGGCUCUUUAACAAUUCAACAAUGUAUCCUUGAGUUUAGAUUAAACAAGUUAAGGGUGAUGGAAACCAUCGGCACAUGUUUUGCUUUGAUCGCAGCAGAACAUUUUCCACAGGGUUACAGAUUUGUUCCACACGUGGUGAGCGUGCAGCUUCGACACAUCGCUCGCUACAGGACAAGUUGAAGUUUUACAAACAAUUCGACAGAUAACGCCAAUAGAGUCGACACUAACAGCAAAGUUAAGAGAUGUGUUGUUCUGUUGGUCUGUUCAAACUAAUGAAGACUGAGGAAGUAUAAUUGUCAUGAGACGUUGGAACGGGCAUUCAGUCUGGUGCUGGGUUUAUAUCGACUCCAUUGUACAUAGAAAACUGUGUCAAAGGUCGGAGGUCACCUUGAUUCUUCUCAUUUAGCCCACUGCUAACAUUCCUAAAAUACAAACCUGACUUUUAAUGGAUAUUAUAUUUGAUAUUUUACAUUUAUAAUAUUUGUUCGAUUUUGCUUCGUUUUUUUUAAAUCCGGGCAUUAUUUAAUAUGUCGUAAUUUAUUACAGAAUCUGUGCUAGCAUUGCUAAUGCUAAUGUUCCUGGUGUGGCUAACCGGCUAGCCUUUCGCUUCACAUUCCAGUACUCGCAGUGUUGAGAUGAAUACUUAGAAGUAAAAGUAUUUAGUGCCUGAAGAAUGAAUACCUCCUCCUAAAAAUACAGAGAAACGUUACGUAUUCAGAAUUCAUUUUGGUUUCAAGGACACAAAAAAGAUAAUUUCCAUUAGCAAGGGCUUCACGGGGGCCAAACACUUUGCCCCAAAGCCCAGCAGUAUGUGACUCCACAAGACCUUUCUGUCAUUUUACACAUACAGGUUCGAGGUAUUAAAGUGUUCUCAGAACUUAUAAAGUACCUUUUGGUGUUUGAAAAUGUACAGAUGAUCUAAUUUGAUUGUAUUCUGAAAGUGUAUUUUAAAUAACCGACAAGCCGAUAGACAUGAACUGGGUCCCAUCGCUCUUAUACAAUCAUAAUAGUUUAAAAAUAAGAUAUUUUAUAAAAGGUUUUGGUUGGAGGAUGGGAAAGUUUAAAAGCUAUCGUGGUGUUUUAGACACAAAUAGUAAUAAUAAUAAAAAUAAAAAGGUGCAUUUUUAAGCAGUGUUUUCUAUCUACAGUCAACAAACAUCGAUGAUCGAGCACAAACAAUCACACGAUAAACACGAGUUAGUCCCUUUCUGCCACACAAAGCGUUCUGUAGCUCUUACAGGUUGUUGGUGAAGAAGAAGUUCUGGAGCACAAAUGUGUUGAUUUUAUUUGUUUCUUGUUUGUUUGUUCUGAAACCUGAUUUUCUGAGUCCGCCUGUGGAAAGUCUGUGAACUGCAUGCAGCUGAACCGCUUUCCGUCUGUUUGAGAAGCUUUCCACAUAAAGACACAAGGACAUGUUUGUCCUGCUGGAGCCGAUGUUAGCGGCGCUGUUAGCGGACGAUGUUAGCGGACGAUGUUAGCGGCGAUGUUAGCGGCACUGUUAGCGGACGAUGUUAGCGGACGAUGUUAGCGGCGAUGUUAGCGGUCGAUGUUAGCGGUCGAUGUUAGCGCCGCUGUUAGCGGACGAUGUUAGCGGACGAUGUUAGCGGCGAUGUUAGCGGUCGAUGUUAGCGGUCGAUGUUAGCGGCGCUGUUAGCGGACGAUGUUAGCGGACGAUGUUAGCGGCGCUCCUCUCCCAAUUACAAAGUGCUUUAAGACUUGAAUUUUCUUGAAUAUGUUUUAUUUAUUUAUUAUUUAUUUUGCACUUUGUCAGAAUUGUUUCGUUGCCCUUUUUACUUCUUUUACUUGGAUUUUCUUUCGUGCUGAUUUGCCCUCUAGGGCGACUUGUAUUCUAACCUCAAUGAGGGACUUGUACAGUGUGACGCUCCAUUUUCCCUUUUCACAUUACUGAGAGUCAGACCUCGGCCACGUUACCCGCCUACUUUUAACAUCGCUCUCGGGUUGUCGGAUCGAGAGGAGCACUUUAAAUCAAAGGUGCAGACUGAAGCUUCAGUUCUCCGGUUUGUACCCAAAGGCAUCGCAGAAAUAGUCUCAUUGGUUCGACUUCAGAAGAGUCAGAAUAUAAAAGAUAUGACAGUCUGCACUUUGACAGCGUGGCCUCGGUCUGGCCUGUGUUACAUUAUACGGUAUGCCUUGUGGCUGUUAAAAUAGCCCUUUGCCUCUGGACCUGGUGUCUUCUGGUGAGCUACAUGUGUGUAUGGGAUUAUAUACACACCGUGUUGCUAUUUAUUUAUUCCUGCGUCUUAUGUAUUGAUUCGGCACCUGUGGCGUAUUUGGCGAUUGUCAAUACAUCGGUGUGUGUGAUGUGGAGGAGGGAUUUUUUUGGGGGGGGCCUAGCUGUGAUACUAACUAACUGUUGCUCUCCUCGUAUUGGACGAUAUAACCUAAGACCACUGUAUGUAUAACUGCUUGUCGUGAGAGAUGAUCUACAAUGUAAUGACAAUAAAGAAUUAACACUAUGAUAAA